AUGUCGACGGGAGCCGUAGCGGAGCCGGAGACGGACGACGGCUACGAGGCCGUCUUUAACGUGAAUGUCUUCUCCGACAGGGAGCUGCAGGUAGAGGUCGUCGGCCAUGACGACCACGCGCCCGGGUCCGGCGCCAGCCGCAAGCGCCGCCGUGAGGAGGACAAAGGUAAUGAUUUAGAAGAUAUUGACUCAUCUUGUACUGUGUCGAGUACACCGAUUUUACGAGUUGAGACUAUUUAUGUCAGUUCGGCGAUUCUUGCUGCAAAAAGUAGUUUCUUUUACAAGGUUUUCUCAAAUGGCAUGAAAGAAUCAGUCAGAACUGCUGAUUCUGAGGAGAAAGCCUUCAUGGAGCUGUUAUGCUUUAUGCAUAGUGGAAAGUUUACAGCAACAACUGAGCCCACUCCUCUGGUUGAUUUACUGAUGGCUUCUGACAAAUUUGAGGUCGUUUCCUGCACGAAGAUUUUCAUUCAGCUUCUCAUGGUCCUGCCUAUGACUCCAGAAUCUGCAGUGAUGUGCCUAGAUCUCACAUGUUCCAUUUCAAUGGCAGCAGACCUGACAGAGGAAGCCAAGAAAUUCCUUGCCGAGAGGUACGUGGAAUUCCUGUCAACAGAGUUCCAAGAUGAACUUAUGAUGAUCCCUCCUGCUGGGAUUGAGGCCAUCUUAUCAAGGAAUGACUUCGGGGUUGCUUCUGAAGUAACUGUCUAUGACUUCGUGCUCAGGUGGGCCUGUUCACCAUGCCCAAAUUCUGAAGAAAGGAGAAAUAUCUCGAGUUCUCGCUUACUUCCAGUAAUGCGUCUUCGUAUGACCAAUGCUGUUUAUUAUUCUUGUCGUACGGUUGACUGGGCUGUAAAGCGUGACCAGUGCCGUUCUCUACGUAUGCUGAGAGCAAUACUCAGUCAGCCAUUCAGUUGGGAAGAGUAUGUCUUCUCCCUCUCGGUACACUGGGUUGGUCAUCUUGGUCUCUAUAUAGAGAUGGAAAAAAACAAAGGGCCAACAAGAGCAGUGGUUGUUCACAUGUAACCCAUCCUAUGAAACUGAGAUUAAACAUAAUUGAAUCCGAAUUUUAGCGUCGAACUAUAUUAAAUGAACUAAUAGCUAACACAAACCAUUUACUAAAAGAAGCUAUUGUAUAUGUGAACACCACAAUCUUUAAAACAAAUAAAAUGUGAACACCACAAACUAUCUCAUAUGUUAUUUUCCCUCUGAGAUCUAUGCGAACACAUCAAGAUCAGAGUAAGAAAUACAAGAUUAAACAGACUAGAGAUUGCUACUAAAUCUUAACCAUGAUAUUCCAUUUAUCGUCACGUGGUUUUGUUUUUCCUGAGAUCUAUCCAAACAUAUAUGAUAAUAGUAUGAAAUGUAUGAAUCGUAUUUGUUUAUGGAGGGCAAAGCUAGUAUUAAAGAUGACUAGCUUUUCGCCAGGCCUCUAAGUACAUAUUUGUAGCUCAAACCAUUUUAAGAAAGUAAUAGACGAGACAAAACAUGUAUAUUAAAAGAAGCAAUUAUAUGUCUAGGAACAUCAAUCAUCGUUCAUGUUGUCUUAUUCCUCUGAGAUAUAUCCAAACACAGCAACAUCGUUUA